CAUUGCCGAUGGGAUUUCUUAGCAGCAUCUAAGUUGACUAAUACACGGUAUUUUCAGAAAAUAACAAAAAAUGGGUCGUUUAGAUGGUAAGGUAGCAGUGUUGACGGCGGCGGCACAGGGUAUCGGACGUGCUGUAGCUGAGGCGUUUCUAAAAGAGGGGGCAAAAGUAAUAGCAACAGAUAUUAACAUGGAGAAACUAAAAGAAUUAGAACAAUUAGGAGCUGAAUGUCGUGUGUUAGAUGUAAUGAACUCGUCGGCUGUUGUAUCAUUUGCUGCUUCCAUACCGAGAAUUGACAUUCUCUUCAACUGCGCCGGUUUUGUAUUUCAUGGAACUAUACUGGAUACUGAAGAGAAAGAUUGGGAUUUCUCAUUUGAUCUGAAUGUAAAAAGUAUGUACAGAAUGUGUAAAGCAUUUUUACCAAAGAUGAUCCAGCAAGAUUAUGGAAACAUAAUUAAUAUGUCGUCUGUUGCAUCAAGCAUUAAAGGAGCACCUAACCGUUGUGUAUAUGGGGCAACAAAGGCAGCUGUGAUUGGUUUGACAAAAGCUAUUGCUGCUGACUUUGUUACAAACAACAUCCGUGUCAAUUGUAUUAACCCAGGCACUGUAGACACGCCAUCUUUACGAGGCCGAAUUGAAGCUCAGUCAGAUCCCGAGCAAGCGUUAAAAGAUUUUCAUGCUCGUCAAAAACUAGGACGUUUCUGUACAGCAGAUGAAGUUGCUAAUCUAAUCUUGUACCUGGCUUCAGAUGAGUCUGUGUAUAUCACGGGACAACAGUUUGUCAUUGACGGUGGCUGGAGUUUGUAGAUGUUCACUGAAUUGUGCCGAGAUCUCUUAUAUGUCUUGUUUUCUUUAUAAUUGUUGAAUGUGUACAUGUAUAUAAGCAUACAAUUACAAUAAUAAAGACUACGUUAUGCAAGCAAACUAUGUUCUAGAAAAAAAUACGUUUCUCUAAAUGUCAAUACAUGCC